AUGAUGGCACUCCGCGUGAUCAUUGUAGCAGUGCUGUCAGUGCCAACCCUAGGCACUGUUCUUGCACGGGCCAAGCUGCGGCAAGGAUCUAAGUCUUGGCAGGAUUUCUCUCCCUGCAGCUGUUCGGAAUGCCUUGGAGAACACAAAAAUGAUGGUGGAGAUGGCAGCGUUGGCUUCCAGUGCUUCCCGAAAACUUCUGGCUUGGCAGACUGCCGCCAGACGGAGCCGGUUGCCACUCGUGUGGUGCAAAGUGCUGACGUCGUCAGCUACGACCGCUUCUGCCUGUAUACCUGCAAGCCUCUCUUGACAGAUGAGAUCAAGCCAGUCGUAGACUGCGCUCAUCUCAACGAGAAAGAAAUAACGGACUUGGCCCAGAGCCCUUCUUCCAACGGAAGGGAAAUUGUGUACGAGGCGCAUCCCCUUGCGCGCGUGGGGCCCAUCUCCCAGGUUCUCGCACAGCCCGAGGCAUCCAUGUUGGACACUGCUUCGAUGGUUGACAGGUCCAGCGAUCCGGUGAGUGCAAUCCGAGCAACCUUCACAUCCUUGAGGAAAGAAGAGACCGCAGCGCCAGGUGUCAGUCCCUACACUCUUCCAGAUGCUGCAAAGGCCCCUCCGCUUUGUGUCUGCCACUGUGGCAACAAGGUGAAUCGCAUGCGCCAGACGGAAAGUGAUGGCAUCAUAUACCCGAAGCCCAAGCAGGUACGAUUGCCUCUCGCCGUCACUUCUGCCGGCAACCCCGCUGCGCAGCCAGAACCUCCACAGCCUCCCAUGCCACCGCCCCCUCCGGCAGAGUUGCCACCGCCUUCCAUGCCUUUGGGCCUGUUUCCCGGCCAGGAGUUGCCACCAAUUCCCGAGGCCCCGUUGGAGAUCACAGCGCCGCUGCCACCAGCGGAGAUAGGUCUGGCAGAUGUGCCUGACAAGCAGAAGCCCGUCUCCUUCCUGCAGCAGGUGCUGGGACGCAUUUACAAGGAUGCCCCCACCUUGUGCCUCGUGGUUACUUCGAUACUUACCUUGCUGAUUCUGCUCAUCAUCCUCUUCAGCACCUGCAUCUCGCGCCUCACGGGCACGCGCGGCGCCAUUGCGGUGGACUUGGUCUUCCUGUGGCUCUUCGCCCGCCUCGUCGCGCGCGCCUUGAUGUUUCCCGGUUCCCUGAAGCUCUUCCAGCGGAGCACAGAAGCAAACUACAGGACAGAAAUAGCACGCCACUACAUCAUAAAUGUUCGCCAACUCUGGAUGUUCCUCAGACAUGCAGCCCAUUUGUCGGACCAUGUUCGGGGUGUCACGCUGGACGGUUUGGAGAAGGCCUGUGCUGCCGUCAACAGUUUAGCCUGUUCGCUCCGAACACAAGAGCAGCACGAGGUCAGGCUUACUGCUGAGCAGCGCGAGGUGUUGGAUUCGGCGGAGGAUCUGGGACAGUGGCUGCACACUUUGCAGGUGCAAAGCCUGCAUCCGCGAGGCCAAGGUUCAGUCACUCUCCCCCUGGGCGAAUGGCUAGCGUGGGCAAGGCAAGAAGCGUCAAGAUCCCGCAUGCCACAGGCAGAGUUCAUAGGCAGAUCGGAGCUUGACGCUCAGGGCACCUUGCCGUCCAAACUGGCACGUCUUGAAAGGCUGCUCUCCGUGAUGGAGGACCUAAAGACGCCCAAGUCGGGGAUGCUCACUACGGCCAUGCGGUUUCUGAAGGUGCCGACCGUGGGGUCCUUGAACCAGCUGAGAGCUGAGCUGCAGAUCCAUUAUUCCGGCCAGCACUUUUGGGUCAAGACAAAGGGCGGGCACCGUCUGGACGCAAUGUUCAUACCUUGCCAACGUGGCCAUCGGCUGCCUGAAGAGGUGUCCAAUGUCAGUGACCAGCUUCCUUUGAACGAGGGACACCUGAAUCCUACGCUGAUCUGGUGCAAUCCGAAUGCCGCGUACUACGAGGCCAUGGUGUACCAGGCUGGGAUUCUGAAGUUCUGGGCCAACCAGGGCUGCAACCUUUUCCUCUUCAACUACGCUGGCUAUGGACGCUCGUCGGGGCAACCUUCACCUUCCAGGGUAGCCGAGGACGGGGAGGCUGUGGUGAACUUCCUGAAGAGUCGGGGAGUUGCAAAGCUGGGGAUCUAUGGGAGGUCAAUUGGCGGGAUCGCUGCCUGCCACUUGGCCAGGAGAUUCCCCGAGGUGCAAAUCCUCAUCACAGAUAGGACCAUGUCAACUCUGGAAGGUGCUGCAAAAUGCAUGUACGGGGGCUGGGCCGCCAAGGGGCUUCGAGUCACGUCAAUGGUGGCCGAUAAUACGGAGAACUUUGUAGAGGUACGGUGCCACAAGCUACUGAUAUGCGACCCUCGGGACACAAUGAUUUUGGAGCUUGCUUCACUUCGAACCGCUGUGGCUUUACAAGUCCUGGAGCGUGUCUCGCAUCAGGAGCGUCUGAACCUCGAUGAUGCGACGCUGAACAGCUUUGCAGAGGCAUGGUGCUUCUUUGACGACCUCUUUGCCCUGUGUGAGGGCGAAGAGGAUCUUUCCGACAGGUUCUCUGGGCGGCCGGCGCGCCAAGUUGUUGUCCAAGAUUCGGUGCGGGCGACGGCUGAGAAUGCCGACGCGCAGUCUGCCAUCCGUGGCGGAGCCUGUGGCAAUGCAGUUGCGGGCGGCCCGGCUUUUGAGCGUGCUGGUACCACAUGGCUCGAGGAGCAGGGAUGUUAG